AGUUGAACUACUAGAACAGGACAAGCAAGGAAGCCAAAUAGAAUCCAGAAGCUGCAAUUCACAGAGGACAGCUGAAGACUGUAGAUCCCAAAAGGGGACCUUUCGUGUGGAAACAAGAAAGGAGGGGCUCAAGCACACAAGAUCUUCCAAAUCUUUAUACACUGUCAACAGAGAAACAGCAGAGUGUCAGCUAAGAAAUCUCCUUCCCAGCUUUGCCAUGGGCUGCUGGAAGAAUAAGAAAAGCAACACCUGGACUUUUCCCACCCUGAUCCUCUGCCUCUAUGGAUUCUUCUACAUGAUGAAGCCAUCAGAACCUUUUCUAACCCCUUACCUAACUGGACCAGAUAAAAACUUGACAAUAGAUGAGGUUACCAACCAGGUUUUCCCAGUUUGGACAUACUCCUACCUCGCGCUCCUUGUCCCCGUCUUCCUGAUUACUGACUACGUGCGCUACAAGCCCAUCCUCCUCCUCCAGGGCAUCAGCUUCAUUGUCACGUGGCUCCUGCUCCUCUUUGCACAGGGGCUGGUGGCCAUGCAGGUGAUGGAAUUCUCCUACGGGAUGGUGACAGCCACCGAGGUUGCCUACUACGCCUACAUCUACAGCGUCGUCAGCGCUGAUCGCUAUCAGAGAGUGACGAGCUAUUGCAGGAGUAUCACUCUCGUUGCAGCCACCCUUGCUGCUGUGCUGGGACAGCUCCUGGUUUCCUUAGCAGACGUAUCCUACUUUCACCUCAAUGCCAUUACUCUGGCUUCCGUGUCCCUGGCCUUUGUGUGCUCCUUUCUCCUCCCAAUGCCUCAAAAGAGCAUGUUCUUCCAUAGGAAAGGCCCCUCAGAAGCCCUCCCACAACCAGACAAAGCUGUGGCUGGGCUCAGUUCCAACACGGCAUUGAGCUGCCAAGCGGACAAGGACUGCGCAGCUGCUGACACGGGAGCGACUCCAGCGCAGCAGGCUCAGCAGCCCGAGCCCCAGCACCACGUGCUGAGAGUACUGGUGCAGCUGGGCAAGGACCUGAAGGAUUGCUACAGCAAAAGGAAGCUGCUUUACUGGUCCCUGUGGUGGGCUUUGGCUACGGCAGGCUUUAACCAAGUUGUGAACUACAUCCAAGUGCUCUGGGACUUCCGAGCCCCAUCUCACAGCUCUGCAGUGUACAAUGGAGCUGUUGAAGCAGUGGCAACAUUCCUUAGCUCUGUAGCAUCUUUCAUGGUAGCAUAUAUGAAAAUGAACUGGGACCUGUUUGGAGAACUGGCAUUAGGAAUCUUCUCCACAAUGGAUGCUGUUUCUUUAUUUCUCAUGCACUUUACUACCAAUAUCUGGGUGUGCUAUGCCAGCUACCUAAUUUUCAAGGCAAGCUAUAUGCUCCUUAUAACAAUAGCAACGUUCCAGAUCGCAGUCAACCUGAGCAUGGAGCGUUAUGCUUUGAUGUUUGGGCUGAAUAACUUCAUUGCACUGGUGAUUCAGACCAUCCUUACAGUAGUUGCUGUGGACUCAAGAGGCCUGGGACUGGACAUCGUGACUCAGUUUUUAAUUUAUGGCAGCUACUUUUCGGUCAUAGCUGGGAUUUUCUUGAUCAGAAGCAUUUGCAUGCUUGUCUCAAGAAAGUGCAACAGGAAAACAGUGAGAUUUUGGGAAGAGUCUCAGAACCCCACUGAACAUGAAUCAAAAGAGCAGACUGUAACUGGCUGUGCGACACGGCUGUAAGAGUUGGGCAGACCGCUCACGUGGCCAGCCCUCGUAAGAGAAGAGCUCCUGCUGCAGCAUACAGGGAACCACUGUGUAAGAGGAACUUACAACGCAGCCCCGAAAAGCUACGCUGAAUCAUUGCAGCACUUCCUUGCAACGUAUGCCAGCUAAGAUCAACAUAAUGGCACUGUACCAAGAAUAAAAGAUAAGUUACUUUAGAAUCUUAUUUACUUUCCUAUAAAUAGCUUGAUAGCAGUAGUUUAGACAUAAAAAAAAGCACAGUAACCACCUUGGCGUUAUGCUGUGCACAGUUGGAAAGAUCGGAGUUCACUCUGCUUCCUUGUCUAAUUCUUGCAACCAGUGUUGCCAAGCUGCUUCCAUGCGCACUUGCUCGUGAGUGCACAUGAGCCUAUUCUCUACUUCUGCCCUUUGCAUGUACCUUACUCUGAGCUGAGGAGGAAGAUAUUGCAUCAUUAUACUCUCUCCUACCCAAAGACAGGCAUUCAGUGGUAGAUGACUCCCUUCUAAUUCAAAAGCCCACUACAGAAGCAGGCCUUGUGCACAUGAAAGCUCAAAGGCAGUUUGCACAACCUUCAAAACUCUGCAAUGCCACAGUUACUGUAUUGUCCUUGUCUGAAAGCAGCAACCUAAGCGGUGCACUGAAUUCACAGCAAUCUCAGCAUGGAAGGGUAAAAAAAAUUUGGAUUCAAAUCUCCACAGACCACUGAAGGUUGGCCGUGUCCCUUUGACUUCCACACUUAAGAUAUUUAUAAACAUUAAUAAGAUCCCCUCUGAGUCUUUUUUCUCAAGGCUGAACAGACCCAGGUCUCUCAGCCUGUCCUCAUAGGGGAGGAUGCAGUGUGGAGGCGGAAAAGAGAGGUUAUAAGUGAGUUUCCACAGUAAAUACUUAGUUUGAUACAAAAAUAUAUCCACGUUUAAGUUAUUUCUGUACUGCAGUUUGCUUCAAGCUUGCAGUACCUACAUCUAACUAAUAAAAAUAGAAAACACUUAGCAUUUGCAGAAUAUUUUUCCUGUGGAGAGACAAGAUACCACAUGUACAAACAUUUUCGCUUUUCAUAAACUGGUCAUCCUCUGCAACCAGCAAACUAUCCUAAAUAUCCUACUAUAGGAGUGAGAGGGGGCUGGAAAGAAGUUUGCUUCAAGUCUCACGAAAAUCAGUGGGACUUCACCAAAUGAAGGCAGCUUUUUUUCUAGUCCAUUUGUUUAGUGCUGUGCAUUGUGUAGAUAUCCCCAGUUGCAAAGAGGCUUUAAGUAGAACAGUUUAACCAAUGCAGUAUAAAAGGAGAUGUACUUACUCUCUGCUAAACAGUACCUUGUUACUACAGAACUACACAUGCGGAAAAAAGGAACUCGGAAUUUCCUCAAGCUGUCUUUGGUACAAAAAGUUAAAUAUCUCCCUACAGGUAGCAUCUGGUAAAAGGAAAAGGCAUUGGCAACAUGCCAAACUCUGCUGUUAUGUAAAAAUGUAUUAGCAGUAGUAAACUUCAGAAAAGGAGCUAGAAAAAAAACAACCAAUAGAAGUAACAUUAAAAGUUCCUCCGUUUUGAGUUGGUCACAGCUCGCCAUCUUCCAUGCACUGCCACUAAGGAGUAAAGGAACCAAGCAGAUAGUAUAUGUAGCUUUUAGUUAUAGAGAGCACUGUCUUCCAAAAGCAGACAAGAAUAUACGCUUACAUUCCUUUUAUACGCUUAC